AGACUCCAUCCCUCAUAUCUCCUCAGAGUAGUCGGUAUCUUCUCUCACACACACACGACAGCCUGUGUCCCUCAUUUCACCUCACAGCCCCGGCCUCAGUCACAUCGUCCUUCCCUCAUAUAACCUCAGAAGGAGCCUCUCUCGCCUCACACUCAGCCUGACAGAACUUUUCUCCCGCCAUGUCUGAGGCGGCUCUCCGCUCUCCCAUCGGCCUGGACUGCUGCAGCUGCUGCCUGGACCUCGCCAACCGGGCAGAGCCGGAGGACAACAACAACCCGGCCAGCCCGACCUCCCCCGCCGGCCAUUUGCGAGCCCUGAGGGAGCGGCUGGAGGUGCUGGAGGACCCGGACCGACUGAACCGGAUGAUGAGACAGGACUCCCUGGAGCCGGUCCUCCGGGACCCCAACUACCUGCUGGACCAGGGACUAUGCGACGGGACCAUCGACCAGACCAUGCUGUCCAUCCUCCUCUUCUUCCACAGUGCUUCUGGAGCAAGCGUGGUGGCAAUUGAUAACAAAAUCGAGCAAGCCAUGGACUUGGUCAAGAACCAUCUAAUGUACGCAGUGCGAGAAGAGGUGGAGGUUCUAAAGGAGCAGAUCAAAGAGCUAGUAGAGAAAAACUCUCAGCUGGAAAGAGAGAACUGCCUUCUAAAGAACCUGGCCAGCCCAGAACAAAUGAAGAGGUUCCAGUCUCGGCAACCUUCUGACGAAAUGACAGGAGUGUCAAACCUAGAGUACCUGCAUCCAUCCCAACCACGCUCAGCAGGAUCUGCAGUUUAAGUGGCUCUGUCUGUGGAGUGGGCAGAGCCACUGAACUUUUUCCUAAUUGUCUUCUACGAUAAAGCGAGAAAAAAAAAAUGUCUUUUUUUUUCCUCCUCCCUCUUUAAAGUGUCACCUUGGCCUUGGAGGGUCGUUGGCUAGCCUAACAAAACCUGGCAUCCUUGAGUCGUUACCAGGGCUAGAGCAAAGGCUUCCUCGCAAAAAUAUUUUCUUCAUCGGUGAGCAAAGCCAAACCUCAUGGACUCUUCCUGAGAAAAGAGUGCCAAUCAAGAGCGUGCUCGUCCGCUAUGGAAGCUGCCUUUCUUGACGUCAGGCUUUUUUCUUCUUUUUUUUUUUUAAAUGCAAAAGAGCCAAGAGCAGUUGCUGAAGAAAGACCAUGGACCGCUUUAAGACAGGGUUGGCUAACCAAUGGAGUACAAAGCCGGGCCAGAGGUAACGUCUCUGUUUUUCUUGCUACACCAUGAACCAUGUUUGAAAAACAGAGAAUGGGUUACCUUUGGGGAAACAAGAGAGUGGUGAAGAGUCGUUGCUUCAUUGAGUUUCACAAACACGCAAGAGCUUGAUUAUGCACCUCAUCACUUUGCAAUGGGAACCUGUCGUUCAGUUGGGUUGAGCAUUUGUCCUGUUAAAGUGCUAGCGGUGGGUUUGUUGGUGCCCUCAACAAAUUUAAAGGCCAAGGAAAUGUAGGUCUACACCGUUAGUGUUCAGCGGUUGCCAUAAGUCUCACUGAGGGAUUGCAAUAUGCUACAUGUAUCAUGGACAAUGUUCAUCUAUGUGUCUUUCGGUCUUUUUUUUUUUUUAAAUGUCUAGAGUAGAUUCUGUUUCUUGAACUUUCUCUGCUACCGUGUGUCUCCAUGCCAGACAUGGGCUGACAAAGAGCCUCCGGAAAAAAAAUGUUCACGCAUGACACUUUAAAAUCUGGGAAAAUGACUAAGGACUGUGGACUUUCCACUGCAAUAUUAAAGACUUUCAGGACUUAACAUUUUACAAUAAUAACCUGACGUGGCUCAAUGGAAUCAGUAUCUUCUACUGUUACUGUCACAGAUAUCUACAUUGUACAUAGAUUGAUGGAUUAUGCAAUAAAACAUGUUUUUAUAUUUAGA